GCGGGGUGCCAGGGGCGGACGCGGGCGGCUGCGCGGGUAGCGGGCCUCUCUAGCUCGCCCUCUCGUUCUCUUUUUAGCAACAUGGCGGGCGUGGAGGCAGCCCAGGCGGCGGCCUCGGAGAGGCACCUGAACGGUGAACUGGAGCCCGACGACAAGGACGACGGCGCGGCCGCCACGGCCGAGGAGACGGCCAAGAAGAAGCGCCGCAAGAAGAAGAAGGGCAAGGCCGGGGCCGCAGGACAACAGGAAACAGAGGGAGAAUCAGGGACUUCAGUGGAUGAGGUAGCCAAACAGCUGGAAAAACAAGCCCUGGAGGACAAAGAAAAGGAGGAUGACGAUGAAGAUGGAGAUGGUGAUGGAGAUGGAGCAGCAGGAAAGAAGAAGAAAAAGAAGAAAAAGAAGAAAGGACCCAAGGUACAGACAGACCCGCCCUCAGUACCCAUAUGUGACCUGUUUCCCAGUGGUGUAUUUCCAAAGGGUCAAGAAUGCGAGUACCCCUCAACACAAGACGGGCGAACAGCAGCUUGGAGAACCACAAGUGAAGAAAAGAAAGCAUUAGACCAGGCCAGUGAAGAAAUCUGGAAUGAUUUCCGGGAAGCUGCGGAGGCACAUAGGCAAGUGAGGAAGUAUGUGAUGAGCUGGAUCAAGCCCGGGAUGACAAUGAUAGAAAUCUGUGAAAAACUGGAAGAUUGUUCCCGUAAGCUAAUAAAAGAGAAUGGCCUAAAUGCUGGCCUUGCCUUUCCUACGGGCUGCUCCCUCAAUAACUGUGCUGCCCACUACACUCCCAAUGCUGGAGACCCCACAGUCUUGCAGUAUGAUGACAUCUGCAAGAUAGAUUUUGGAACACAUAUCAGCGGUAGGAUCAUUGAUUGUGCUUUUACUGUCACUUUCAACCCUAAGUAUGACACGUUGUUGAAGGCAGUAAAAGAUGCCACCAACACGGGAAUAAAGUGUGCUGGAAUUGAUGUUCGUCUUUGUGAUGUUGGUGAGGCCAUCCAAGAAGUAAUGGAAUCUUAUGAGGUUGAAAUUGAUGGAAAAACAUAUCAAGUGAAACCCAUUCGAAAUCUUAAUGGACAUUCAAUUGGGCCAUAUAGAAUACAUGCUGGGAAAACGGUGCCCAUUGUCAAAGGAGGAGAAGCAACGAGAAUGGAGGAAGGUGAAGUAUAUGCCAUAGAAACCUUUGGUAGUACAGGAAAAGGUGUGGUGCAUGAUGAUAUGGAAUGUUCACAUUAUAUGAAAAAUUUUGAUGUUGGACAUGUGCCAAUAAGACUUCCAAGAGCAAAACACUUGUUAAACGUCAUCAAUGAAAACUUUGGCACUCUGGCCUUCUGCCGCAGGUGGCUGGAUCGCCUAGGAGAAAGCAAAUACCUAAUGGCUCUCAAGAACCUGUGUGACUUGGGCAUUGUGGAUCCCUACCCCCCCUUAUGUGACAUCAAAGGCUCCUACACAGCACAGUUUGAGCACACCAUCCUCCUACGCCCGACAUGUAAAGAAGUGGUGAGCCGAGGAGAUGACUAUUGAGUGUGACCAAGGCCACCGCAGCAGCUUUCUCUAGGCUUUCUCGGAAUACAUUAGACCCGAAUUAAUUUGCAACAUAUUGUUUUUAACAGUGGACCUCUGUAAUACUUUCCAGUGUGUGAAAAGGAAGGAAUUCAAAGGCAAAUCUUCUAAUGUAACUAACCAAGGAAAAACCUUUCAGGGCUUUAGAGAGAUUUCACAAAUGUUAAACUGUUCAAUAUUUUCUGUUCAGGAAAACAUGCUAUGAAGCUCAGUUUUUAGUUUGGAAUGAGUUAAACAUUUUGUUUUCAACAAUUAUUAUAAAAGAUGCUUUUCAGAUAUUUAUAUUACCAUAUUCCUUGAAUGCGUUGAAUGGCCACCCAAUUCUACUACACUUUAAGCCCUCUGGUAUAUUGCCUUUUAAACUUCCUGGAUUCCAUUUUGUAAAAAAUAAAGACAAAUUUUCAGAUCUAAGAGAUACAUUUCAAUGUUUGUGGUUCUAAUUCUGGGCAAGAGCUGGCUGUAUUUAACAUAAGAGAACCCAUGUCUUUUUAUUAUGAUCUGAAAUGUUGUAGAGUUCCUCUUGCUCAGGCAGUGGAUUACGCCACCUCAGCAGUGCACCAAGCAGUGGGCUCCUGUGUUCAUCCUAAUGGAUACCCAACAUUACCAGACGUUGGUCUUCGAGAAUUCUUCAUUUCCUUUCUAGGACCCCGUUAAUCCUCAUUUCCUCCAAUCGAUGGAAAGAUACAUUAACUUUUUCAAGCGUUCUGCCAACCUCUAAUCCUGAUUCAUUAAAGUGGAACCUUUUUCCUGAUUGUAUCCACACUGGGAGAAAAAAACCUCUUCAGCUUUUCUAGCAGAAGACGUACCUGGAAAAGAAGCCUUUUGAGGGUGAAGAAUCAUAAAGGAAAGCAGGGAAGUUUCUAGGUUGAAUUACUGUUCUGAAUAGAACAAUUAAAAUUGUAGUUACUAGGCUCUUUGAUAGAAUGAGCCAAUUUGAUGGGGUGAAGUUAGCAUCUCAAAUCAAACCAACAUCAGGGACUUAGGGGGGUGAGUUUGCAAUGCUGUUAAUAUUAAAUUUAAUGUCUAAGUAUGCAAAUCCCUCCCCUCCAAAUUUUAGUGCGAAGGGUCAUAUUUACUUGGGUUUGAUCUGAGACUGCUAUGUUUUUAAAGGAAAAUCCCAAUUUUUCUUACUUGUAAAUACUCAGUUGGGACUGUCCCAAAACAACUUUAAAACUGUAAUAAAUUUUUUUGGCUUGAUAUUUUGUACCAGGGUAAAGCCUUAACAAUGGGCAUGCUUUCUUGAAGUAUGCUCCCAUACUGUUACCAUCAAUUCACAAUGUGAUUGCCUGUGGGAUAUUGGUUUAGUUUCUGUUUCUUGUUCACCAUCACCAUCCUGUUCUCUCAUACAAAGAACCUAUGACUUCCUCAGUGGGAGAGGUUUGUUGUCUCUCAAGCUUAAACAAGCAGCCUCUCUAAAGAAUAAAUGUUGCUACCACCUCAGUUAGCAGAUGGAUGAAUACAAAGGUAGUUCCUCCUUUGGGGUUAAAAAGUGUUGGGGGGGUGUGGGGUGGACUUUGAGGACAACAAAAAGCAUGCUCUAUAAUGGAAACGGUAACUCACUACCACAUAUUAUGUUUAAUUGCAAAUAUUUUGUUAUUGAUACUAGCUCACUUUAUAACGCUGGAGCUUGAUGUGAUCCUAGUAAUAAUAGAGAUUUCCUGGACCAAUUAUGUACACAAGCUCCCCUCCAAGGUGACUGGGUAAAAAUACAGCAUCAUUGUAUUAAAUCCUAGAUUGGCUGAACUUUUGGGGGAUGUGAUCUAGUUAAGUAGGGAGGCUGUGGAUUUAAGAGAAGUGUUUAACUACCUACUUAUCCAUCCAUGUAUCUCUUGGAAUCAUUUUGUCAUGUUAAAAUAAUGAUGAUGUACCUUACUGGAUAACAAAUGAUUAGUUUGAUGUUUAAACAAUAGUGCCUUUAGUAAAUUACUUUACAAUCAAAAAAAA